AUGUAUUCUGAUGGUGUGGUAAAUUGCAAACUUCAAUUAAACUUUAAGAGAUUAGCUAAAACAAACCGCCGUUUAAAUCAAGCGUAUAGGAAUGUUGUGGUUAAACUUUGCGAAAGUAGCUUCAAUCAAGCUAAUGUGUUAAAAGUAGUUGACAAAAAAGAUGAUUGGCGAACAGUUAACAAUGCGCCAUCGCGGUUUCAACAAAGGAACCAUCAAAAUUAUGAUGUAAUUAGUAAAAGAGAUGAUUGGCGAACAGUUACCAAUGGGCCAUCGCGGUUUCAACAAGGGAACCAUCAAAAUUAUGAUGUAAUUAGUAAAAAUAGGUUUAAUUAUUUGUCCCAAGAGGGUACAAACGUCACGGAAAACCAUACAAAUAAUAUACAUAACACAAACGUAGAAUCUAGAUCACACCCUGUUUAUCCUGUUAAUGUUUCGUCGCCGAAAAGACCAAAUCCGGUUAUCAACCAACACCCGGAAAGAGAACAAUACACAUACCGUUCGAAUGUAAAAAAUCUGGGCCACCACGCCAUUCAAACUUUUAUAGAUGAACAUCCUGAUAUUGUCGUGAUUCAUGGUGGGAUUAACGAUGUGUUGAAUUCAAAUAAUACUGGUAUUUCUGAGGAAGAUAUAGCCCAUAGUUUAAUUGAUUUGGUUGAAAAGUGUAAUGAAUUUGGUGUAGAAAAGGUGUUUUUAUCUGGUUUGGUAUUUUGUAGACGUGUGAAUAAAGAGAGAAUUGAUAAUAUAAAUAAACUUUUGGAAAACAAUGCAGCUUUGUACAAUUAUAUAUAUGUAAAUAACGAACUAAUUUGUGGAAAGAUGGCUUACAUCUUAACGACUCUGGGAAAGAGGUACUGUAUUAAUAGUUUGAGAAACAAAAUAGUAGACACUCGUGAGGUUAUAAGUAACAUAUCACCAGAUUAUUUUGUUUUAGCAGAAACGAAAAUUAGUGAAGAGUUUCCGUCCGCUCAAUUUGAAAUUUCUAACUAUGAAAUCAUAAAUAGAAGAGACAGAGACAAUGGAGGGGGGCUUAUGGAAUAUGUCAAGAAAGGUCUUAUAUGCAAACAAUUAAGAAGUCUUGAACCUGAAAAUAGCGAAGUUAUUUGUUCUGAACUGACAAUCAGAAACAAAAAAUGGGCUAUUUUUAGUGUAUAUAGACCACCUGAACCUUCAAAUAUAGGUCAAUGUUUUGCUGAACUUGAAUGCUCUCUUGACUUAGCUUUUAGAUCUUAUGACAAUGUAGUUGUUAUGGGUGACAUGAAUAUUGAUUGUGACGAUAAAAGUACAACAGGCUUUGGUGAUUUAACAACUCUUUGCGAUACAUAUAACCUGAAAAAUCUAAUUAAAGGAAAAACGUGCUUUACAAGUACGCGCUCGUCAUUACUAGAUAUAUUUUUAACAAAUAGGCCCGCUAGUUUUCAAAACUCUUUGUCUUAUGAAACUGGUCUGAGUGACCAUCACCAUAUGAUAUCCACGUUUAUGAGGACUCAUUUAGUGAGACUUAAGGCAAAAGAGAUAUCAUAUAGGUGUUUUAAAAAUUUUAACGAGCAAAGUUUUCUUGAAGAGUUAAGUAUGGUCGAUUUUAAAUGUGAUCAAACAGAUCCCAAUAAAAACUACGAAGAACUUGUAUUUAUAUUUCGAAAAGUCAUUGACAAGCACGCGCCAUUAGAAACUAAAUUUGUGCGUGGAAACGAGGCUCCUUUUAUGAAUAAAGAAUUACGAAAAGCGAUUUAUUCAAGAUCCCGUCUAAAAAAUAAUUUUAAUAAAAAUAAAACGAAGGAAAAUAACGCCAAGUAUAGAAAGCAAAGAAACAAAUGCGUUAAUUUAAGUCGAAAAGCGAUAAGAGAACAUUUUAACAACGUAAUGAAAAAUGGAAUACUAACUAAUAAAACUUUUUGGAAAACAGUUAAACCUUUCAUUACAAAUAAAUCUGGAACAGGUAACAAGAAAAUAAUGAUUGUUCGUAAUGAUAAGAUAAUAACGGAUGAUAGUGAACUUGUUGAAGUUUUUAACAACGAGUAUAUAAAUAUUGUUGAAAAAUGUAGUGGAAUUAAACCAGAUCACUUAAACAACAAGAGAUUGGCAAGCUGGCUCAUAGUUAUCAGUGAUAUAAAAGAAAAAUUUACAAAUCAUCCGAGAAUUGUUGAAAUCAAAAAUUCUCAUCCUAGUGACAAAAAUGAUGAUUUAUUUUAUUUUAAAGAAGUGAGUAAAUCAGAAGUCUCUAAAAUUUUCAGUGACAUCAAAGUGGGCGUGGCUUCUGGGAAAGACAAAAUUACAGCAAAAAUGGUUAAAUUGUCAAAGCCUUAUUUGAUUAAACCCAUAACAAAUGCAAUAAACAGCAGCAUUUGUCUUUCUGUUUUCCUAGACGGAGCUAAAAGAGCUAUUUUGUCUCCAUUAGAAAAAGGAGGAAAAGAUAAGUUUAGUGUGAGCAACUAUAGGCCAGUUAAUGUGUUGAAUAUAUUUUCUAAAUUCUAUGAAAGAGUAAUUAAGUCUCAAAUUGUUACAUAUAUUAAAUUUGAACUGUCAGAAUUUUUAUCGGCUUACAGAACGUCAUAUGGUACACAACAUGUUCUUAUUAGGCUUUUGAUUGUGUUCCACAUGGAUUUACUUCUGGCUAAACUGAGUGCUUAUGGUUUUAGUAAUGAAUCUCUACUUUUCAUAUUGUCUUACCUUUCGGAUAGAAAACAAGCUACUCGAAUAAAUAACAGUUUGAGCUUGUUUCAAUUAAUUUUAUCUGGUGUACCGCAAGGUGUUCUCAAUUAUGCUGAUGACAAUUCCCUUUCCACUUACUCUAACUCGAUUGCAAACUUAAUAAAACUGUUAGAAAGUGAAUCAAACACAGCUUUAGAGUGGCUGAAAUAUAACAAAAUGAUAGCUAAUCCUGGAAAAUUUCAAUCCAUUAUAAUCACACGAAGAAAAAUAAUAAUUGUAGAUUUAACAAUUGGCGAUAAAACUAUCAAAACAGAAAAUAGCGUAAAAUUAUUGGGUGUGACUAUUGACAACAGAUUAAACUUUGAUCUUCACAUUUCUGAACUUAUCGGCACAAUUGAAUGCAUUAUGUGGCAUUUUUCAUCUACUAAAUCUUUGUUAAAAGUUGAAAGAAUACAAAAAAGGGCUUUGCGUUUUUUAUUUGACGACUCUGAUAGUACAUACGAGGAAUUGCUUUUAAAAUCAGGAAGGAAUUUCAUGAGUGUUUACAGGCUUAAAACGCUAUGUACAGAAAUUUACAAAUCUUUGCAUAGCCUUAACCCUUCAUACAUUCAUGACAUUUUUGAUUUCCAACAAAGUGAAAGAUCUGUCAGAUCACAAAAUGUCAAUAAUCUCAAGGUUCCAAGAAAAAAUACCAGAAGUUUCGGAACUAAAAGUUUACCUUCCUUAGGUCCAAAUAUAUGGAAUAGAUUACCCAAUCAUAUGAAAACAGCAGACUCUUUGAAUAAAUGA